UGAUUUAGUUAUGAACGUGGGUACCGCCAUGGUAUGACACACGGAAGUUGAAACCAACGCGCAUACUUAAAUGGCCCGGCAGCGGAAGCCCGUCGCAAAUGGCGUCGGUCGAGAAAAUAGCCAUGUGAUUUCGUGCCGUCGUCUGCUUAACAUCGAAAAUAUUCUUAAAGCCGCAUCUAUGGCCGCAUUCUGAAACCGCUGAGAUAGACUGCAGUGUCACUUCUCCGUUUUGGACUUUUCAAGCAAGCGGCUCAAAGUGGUUUUGCUUGAAAUACUGAGAUGGAUUUUAACUCUGCGCUAUCUGGGGCAGGCGACUUUGGCACCUAUCAGAAGCUGCUGGUGCUGUUGCUGGUGGUUCCUUCCGGCGCUCUUUGCGCGCUUGUCUACUUCACCCAGUACUUCAUCAUCCUCAUCCCCGAGCAUUAUUCGUGCCAUCUCACUGAGGUUCCCCAAGCUCUGCUAAAUGCAUCCAAUCUCACGUCCGCUUUUCUGAGGACUCUGGCCUUGCCUCCUGAUGAGGAAGGCAAGGGAACGCUCAGCCAGUGUCGUAUGUACGAUGUGAACUUAACAUCUCUUAUUGAGGCUGGCACUGUGGAGGCGAAUGCUUCAUGGGAUGUGGUGGGCUGCCAAAAUGGCUGGGACUACAAUUUUGGCAACCUCUAUCCAACGAUCGCUACGGAGCUGAAUAUGGUGUGCGACCAAAGUCAUCUGUCAUAUUACAUACAAACCUUUUUCUACGCUGGAACCAGCAUAGGUUCAGUAUUUUUUGGCUUCAUUGCAGACAGGUAUGGCCGAAAGCCAUCAAUAGUUCUAAGCUAUGCCCUGGCAUGGCUGGCCGGCUUGGCGUCAUCUUUUGUGACAAACCUGGUUGGCUUCACCAUUCUGCGCUUUCUUGUGGGAAUGUGCAUCAUUCCACUUUCAGAAGAUCCUUAUGUGCUUAGCCUUGAAUACAUAGGACCUCGCUGGAGAACAUUACCCAUAGUGUUGUGGGCACUGUCAUACAUCAUCUUCUCUAUGCUGUGUCCAUGGUUGGCCUAUGGCAUUCAGAACUGGACCUAUCUGUCUGUCUGUACAAGCAUGCCAUUGCUGCUGGUUGUCGUCUUCAUGAGGUUUGUGCCAGAAUCUGCUAGCUGGCUGCUGACACGGGGCCGGAAUGAGGAUGCAGUCAAAUAUUUGCGCAAGGUGGCCUUCUUCAACAAGAGGGACAUCCCUGAGAAUCUGGAGCUGAAGAGAGAUCGGGGGGCCAAAGAAGAUGCCAAGAGGGUGACAUUUCUGGACUUGUUCCGAACACCCAGGAUUCGCAAGCAUUCACUGCUGAUGCUGUGUGCAUGGUUCUUCACAUACUGUUGCUACCACACCAACGUCUACAACACGUCAUUCCUCGGCACAGAUGUAUACCUCUCGUACACGUUGGGCUCCCUAGUGGAGCUACCUGGAAUGCUGCUUGUGCUGUUUGGCUUGGACACGCUUGGUCGUCGCUGGCCCAUGAUUAUUGUGACGGGUGUUGCUGGCAUUGUUGGCAUCCUGUCCAUUCUCUUCCGCAAUGGUUCCCAAGUCACCGUGCUGGUGCUGAGCCUUCUAAUGAGGGUGUGCCUGACGGCCGAGUAUGACACCAUCAUGCAGUAUUCUGCUGAGGUGUACCCAACCGUUCUCAGGGGUCGUGGCCUGGCGUUUCUACGCUUUGCCGGCACCCUCAGCCUCUAUGUUAGCCCAUCUAUUGUCUAUUUGUCUCGCCUGGACCCCACAUACCCAAUGCUCAUCACUGGUGUCAUGUCACUGGUCCUGAGUGUCCUAUCCCUGUUCCUGCCUGAAACCAAAGGCAAGCACAUGCCGCAAACCUUGCAAGAUGGGGAACUCUUUGGAGCAGACCAGCACCUCUUGGAUUUUCCUUGCCUUGGGGACAAAGGCGAGCCAACAAACUGUGAUCCACCCAGUGUUUCUGCUGCAGUGAGCUGCUAGGCAUGGGACAAUCUGCAGUCUUCAUCUAUGAGUUCUUGGCACGAUCAGCAUUGAGUUAGGUCAUUUGCAGCUUCUAUGUCGUUGUGAGGGAUACAUUCACAGAUGUUUUGUAAUGUUCAGUGUAUUCAUGAUGAAAUUACGAGACUAGUAAGAAUGUCACGGGAUUUUUUAAUAUUUACGAACACUUGCAAACUUUCUACCUUGGAAGAAAUCACAUAAGUAUGCCUGAAAUAUUUUUCUUUUAUCUGUAGUAUUGCUACCAAAAGUUUACAGGGUGUGGUAUCUGCAAUACGGCUGAAUGUCUCUGCAGCUAGCGCUUUCUGCUUGGAAUUAAAUUUUCUGCUUGCACUAGUAGUAUGUGCGAACAACGUGGCAUUCUAUUGUUUUACAGGCUGCAAACGCAUGUUGUCUGCUAAUUCAGGUUUAUCGCAGAACCCACGUCCUGUACAUCCAUACAGCUUUUUGUACCACGUACUUACUGAUGUGAUCUAGUUAACUGAGCUGGCAUAUGCUGCUCUGUGCAAGGAAAGCCCAAAAUGUGGCAAAAGUUGAGGAGUACAGUGUAGGAAGUUGCUAAAAAUGCAUUGCUCUGCUGAUAAAGCCUGAUGUUGGGUUUAUUGGCAAAGCGACGAGAGCUUUGCAAGUUUUGUAGGAAUGAAAGUGCCUUGUGAAAAGGAUUUUUCACAAACUGUGAAGUUUGUAAUCACUAGUGCCAUAGACAGGUAACUUGUCUGUUAUUAGUUGCUGUGUAAAAAAUACAUGCUAUGUGUUUUCUUAGUUUUGCCUUAAGCAGGAAUUGCAAAUUCUCAUAGGUGACACUCAAGUUAAGGUAUGGUUGCAACUUUUACAGCAGUAAAGAUGUACACUUUAUGAAAAUUCUGUAAUGUAGUACUACAUGCCUAUUCAUGGCACAGUCAGCUAAAAGAAGUGAGCCACUAAUUUGUACAUGCUUCUUCCUGAUGGUGAGUUGUGAUUUGUUAGGCAUAAUUUUUUGCACUCAUUUAUUGCUCAUACAUAUAAGUAACGUUGGUUUCCAUAUGGUUUCUGAAAAUGGCUGUAUUAACGCGUUAAGCAGAAGUGACAGAAAAGUCAGUGACUUUUGGGGAAGCUGUCUGUCGUGUCUAAUGGGAGAGAAAUUAAUGGGAGAGAAAUUGGAAAAUAAUGUGAGAAGCCUUGCCUUAAUUAACAUUUAUUGAGCUACCGCAAUCUUUUGACAAUGUAUUGAUGCCACAAUGUGUCAAGGGAGGAGUAGGUAAUGAUAGUACCUGCUUACGUUAUCUUCACACGUGAAUGUUUACUGUUUCAGGCGAUGCACGUUUUCAUGUGGUAGGGAGGGCCAGGCUUCAUGUGGUAGUGAGUGCACCACAUGCAAUCUGUGGGGAUUAUAGGUUAGAAUUAGCACUAGUGGUUGCACUGACUUUUCAGAUGCACCUAGCUUUUUUUUACAUACUGUCACCUUAAUAUUUUUCUCACUUUCAUCCUUAUGAUGCAAAACAGAGAAAAGCUAAUAUACCAAAACACUAUACUGCCCUGUGCCUUCUCAGUUUGUAUGCUUUGGUCUUCGUGUUUCUUUAAAAGAAAGAAAAUAUGCAACUCUGACUUUUAUUAUUUCUCAUGGCUGUUUUCCAAGUUAUAUGUACUAGCUAAACUGACCAGACAUCCCACUGUUCCAACUGGUUUUGUGCUCUGACACACCCCUGUGCCUCCCUAGUUGGCAAAUGCCAAAGUGCAAGUUGCUGUCUGCAAGACAGAUGUAGAGCGUUCUUGCCCAAGAUGGGCGGGCAAGAGAAAAAAGCUCAGUGUUCUCCCACCAAAUUGCUGACAAUAGAUGCACACAAGUAUUCUCAUGGUCCGGCUCUAGAUGUAAAGAAUGGAUUGGCUUGAGCUUGUGUACAGGUGUACUCUUCGUUUCCAAUUUUCUGCACUGCAGUGGAAGCUAAGGAUCACAUCAACCAACUAGGAGCAAGAGCCGACUGCGUGUCUCGCCUGCAGAUUGUUUGCCACUAAGCCUCUCAUGAGUGAUGCUAGCUGACAGGGAUGGAUUAGCGAUGCACAAUGAGUAUGCUCUCCUUUCUACCAUGAGGCAUCUUUAUGGUUUUAAGAUGUAGCAUAGCGAGAAGAUUAAGAGUAUCCCUGCCAGCCGUGCAUACAAUGAGAAUCUUAAUGAAGAACAGAGUAGUGCUGUGUUGAGCAUAGCACUGAGAAGCUGUAUUUGCAAAUGGAAGUGAAAUGGUAGUGUGCCGCUGUAGUUUAUGGAACCAUUUGACCUUCAAAUUCUAGAUUAGCCUUCUUGGAUCUGUGCCGUCACUUCCAAUUUCCUUUCGCUACCUAUGCACCCUGCCAUCACAAGACUGAUUUUUUUCAUAAAGCUUAUUUGCCCAACAGCUUAGCUCCGCACUUUUUGUGCGAAAUUGCAGAUUAAAAAAAAAAGUUCAUGCAAUAUUUGGCUAAUUGCUCCAAUAUUAAGCAGUGUCCCAUCUCAGGCUGGUAGUUCUUAGGAAAGCUUGUUUUGUAUUGUUCAAAUAUAGUAUCACACUUAAAUCCCAACUUCCCCCAACUUUUGUGUGUGAUGCUGUUGGGCUUUGGGAAGCCUGAUCACUUUAGCUUCUUGUGAGGUGCAUUCAAGUGUUUGCACAGCACAUCCUCCAACAUUUUAUGUGUUAUAAAAUAUGAAUAUUGUGGUUGAGUGGUUGCUGACCAUUUGUGUUAUGAAAGUGCUUUGUCCGUUGUAUGUACAAUCCAGUGCAGCAUUUAUGGCUUUAUGUCCCAAAUGCUAGUGUUAAUCAUAUGCAGGCAGUGACUUGUAGCCUAUGAAUAACAUUAGCCAUGUUACUUGUGUGUAAACGUGAAGUUGUUUGUGUCCGACUGGCGUUACUUUGAUAUUACCACACACUGCAUUAGUAACAAAUAUUCAAAUGACAUCUUUUGCACUAAUGACUGAAUUAAGGGUGUAGUAUGUUUUCUUUGCAGAAAUCGACUGAUUGACUGUGAGGUGCGGUGCAUUAGCAACAUGUUUAUCGCAUGAUCAUGUAGGCAAGAAGAGUGUCAGCGGGCUGUCAGGGCAAAGCUUUAAAAUGCAAGGUUGUGAUAAGAAUACAUGUGUUGUGGUAAAGCACUGGCUUAAAUAAUGUGCAUAUAUGGUGCCUCACUGAUUCUUCUACACUUUGUUGAAUGCAACCUAUCUCUGCAUGUAACCUUCAUUCAAAUCGCAACCCCCAGGAGAAGCAAAAUUUUGGCAGAGCAGUCUAGUACAAUCGUUCACUCAAGCCAAAGCUCCAGAUAUGAUUUUGAAUAUUUUGUCAUUGCUGCUGCUUUGUGUUAAAAAGUGGUAUGGCUAUACAGUGAAGCUGGGCCUGAAGGCAAAAUUUGAGAAUAACUUGUCCAUCACAGUGUUCUUAAUGUAUAUAAAUAUUUGGUUGAGGUGUUAAACACUAAAAUAUGGUACCUAUUUUUUGGCUGCAUGCUUGAUGAAUUUGUUUUAGCUUUUCUUAGUGCAUUGAAAGCACAGACUCUUUUGCAGAGCUUACUGACAUAAGCUCAAUGAAUUGUUUCGGGUAAGAAGGGAGAAUGAGCUUGCCAUGUGGAAAGCUGAAUGUUUAUACCGUGUUCAAGUUUUUCGUGAACAAGUGGUCCUUUCAGAAUUUAGGCAGCUAGUAUGCACUCCCAAAUUUUUUGCGAUUGCACCAAUUUCACUUCUGCACAAGCUCUUAUUUGCAUUAAUGGUGUGAUGCCUCAUAUAUUAUAUGUGACACACCAUAUUCUGAACUUAAAAUCGAUCUAGAUCGACAGUUUAAAGCGAUUCUGCUAAUAAAUAAUAAAGAAGCCAUGGUACAUUUUAUGAUAUACUGAGGACUACAGAAUUCAGCAGGUGGUUUUCCAAUUUAUGUAAAAGAAGCACUCUCUUGAAUCUCAUUAUAAUCAUUAGCCAUCGAUCAGUGUUAGAGCUUUAUUUGUUGAUGCUGUGUAUGCUAUUCAUUACCAGGGAUGUGAAAAAUGGCCCUGACAGGACAUAUAUGUUUUUGGUGGUCCUAGAGAGAGUGCAACCUUCAAUAUCUCAGGACCCAUUUCAACAUUGAUGUUACACAGUGUGAAAAGUGCUGUGUGGCAUGUUGUCCAUGUACAUAUCCAAAGAAAUAAAGGCCACCAUAAGAAGUGAACAAAGUACUACACUAAAGAACCUGCCAUGUUUGUUUCCAAAUAACAUUUGCAUAUGUAUGAUCUCUGACUUAGUACUUUUGUUCAAUAAUGUAAACCCGUGACCGAAAGUAUACGGACCAGGGAUUGCGCAAUAAAACUAAUUUUCUCUUCUUUCUGUGAAUGCAACUUGAAAUGAAAGACUGUAAUCCAAACUUGGCAUUGCAAAUUUUCAAGUGCAAUCGUCAGUUUCAGUUUAUGUGGGUUAAUUACAAAGAAAUCCAGUUUUUUCAGCAACCCUGUGGUCCGUAAAUUUUUGCUCGCAGGUUUACUUGUGUAACAUUGUAUGCAAUUGUGAUGUUCUCAGUGACCUGCAGGUAUAUCUUUUUUCGUUACAUGCUGUUAUAGUAACAAGUUUUCAAAUGAAGCCUUUUGCACUAAUAAUUAGCCUCUUUCUUCAUUCUUCAUUCGUUUUGUGAAAAGUGAUGAAGCUGUCAGAUGCAUUGGAAUUGGAAGUAAAAUGUUAAAGAGAC